AUGAAUCUCCCUCGUUACAAGUACAUGCCUUUAAACGCUUCUGAUGAGAUCCGCGUGUUUGAGCUUAGUCCAACUAAGACGCGCAUCGAAAUCCGGAUUCUCCAUGUUCCAGCCUCUGCCCGCUGUUUCGAUGCGCUUUCAUACGUGUGGGGAAGUCCAGCCCAAAGCGAGAAGGCCACUGUUCUUGAUAAACUUGGAAGACCAACCGGAUGGAUACCUUUGACGAGGAACCUGAGCAAUGCCAUGGCUGACCUGCGGGACGCCGAACAAUUAAAAACCAACGUUUUCUGGAUCGAUCAAGUCUGCAUCAACCAGAGAGAUGAGGAGGAAAAGAAUGAUCAGGUUGCGAUGAUGAAUCAGAUAUAUACUCAAUCCAGACGAGUGAUUACCUAUCUUGGACCUGCCGAACUAGAAGUGAAGGAGAAUGGAGGAAUUCGAUUGCUGGACACAGUUUGUAAGACUGUUCCGGAAGGUACUUGGCAACAAAUGCACGAAUCAGGGAGCCUCCAACAAAUUCAGGACCAAGUCUUUGAUGGAAGUAUAAAAUUUAAACGACUUCCCUCGAACUUAGAGCUGCGUGUCGACAGGUCAUAUUACGAAAGCGAAAUCUCAGAACGAUACGCCGAGCAAGGCUGGGAAUGGUUGGUGCGCGUUGCCUACGGCGAAUGGACUCAGCGGCUGUGGAUCGUCCAAGAACAACUACUGAACAAGGAGAUCAUAACACUUCGUGGGCACCGACUAAUAGAUUGGGACGCCAUCACCGCUAUACCUAUCCUCUUUGCAAUAAGCCACCUUCCUCAGGAGUAUCGCGACAUGGGCCGAAGAAACUUAGAGGGAAAGGUACCUUGGGAUGAGGUUGAAAAAACCAUGUAUGGCAUCCGGUGGGACAGACAUGCGCGGCUAGUGACUGAAACCAGCUACACCUGGUCGUCAUUGUUUCACAACCUACAGUGGUACCAGUCACUCCUGUGUGGAGAUGCCCGAGAUCGAGUCUACGCCAUUCUGGCUAUCUCUAAAGACGCAAAGCGCCUGGAUCUUAAGCCUGAUUAUUCGCCUCUUAAUACUGCUGACAUGUUGUCUAGAAAACUAUCAAUCCGCGUGCUCGAAAAUGCACGUAACCUAGAGCUCAUCAGCUUCGCUUUCUCAUGGCGUCCACCAAACUCGACACUUCCUUCCUGGUGUUUCACACUCGACAGACCCGCCAAUCUCACAACACCUGAUCUCCUCCCUCUCGAAGUGUAUACGCCGCAUCCAAAACAGCACGGUUUUCAUCUUGCACGCUUUCACACAAACGAUUCGAUUCUUGUGGUCAAGGGGCGAAUUUUGGACUACGUGUCUACGCCAAAUCCAAGCGCCGGCUGGCCUCACGUGGGUGAUGUACGCCAAACAUCACCGGUUGACAUUAUUUCUAGCCUUGGAUAUCUUCUACACGAUGGAUUUUCAAUUGAGGAUGUUGUCAGCCUACUCUGCACGAUUACCGCAAGAGCUCCUUGGUCGCCACCUCCAGGCAUUCUUGGCAGGAUAGAUGAAACCAUGGCUUUCCAUUUCUGGACCUACCUUCGACACAAGUCGCACUUGCUAGCAAAAUGUGUCGAAACCUCAUCAACUACCAUUAAGGAGCUGCUCCUACGCUGUCAUCACAUUAUGACGCGGAUCCAAGCGCUUACUCCGGGCUUUACAUAUUCAGAGCCCGAGCGAAAUGAGGAUGUGGCCAAAGAAGAAUACCUGGCUUGUCAAAGAGUGCUGCGGUACGCUUUGGAAAAAGGACGCUGUCUUGGUCGUACUCGCGCCGGGCGCUUUUGCAACGCUAUGUGUCCUAUUCAGGAGGGUGAUGCCAUUGUAGCUCUCCAAGGUGCUGACCAACUGUUCACGAUGCGCUUGGUAGGGCAUACCUACAGACUCAUUGGAGAUAUAUUCGUUGAUGGGUUAAUGCAUGGGGAAGCGUAUAAGAAUCAAGAUCCGGACAACAUUGACUACGACAUUGAGUUGGCUUGA